UGCAUGCUGUUAUCUAUGUUGACCGCUCACUGGGCUACAGCCAUGCUAAAGCUGUUUUUAUUGUUUGCGGUUGCCGUGUCAUCAGAAGCGGCCAAACAAUGCAUUAAUAUCGUGCCUGGACUAUCUAAAAUUGCCGUGGGUGUGGACAUAGCGCAGCUUGACCUGUUACCUCUAGACUUUACAAGCAACAAUGGGAUCCUGAGUCCGAUAAUUCCACUGACCUGUGACCAAGGGAAAAAGUGGAAGAGUCCGAGGGGAAUUUUGUACGAUAUGCCUGAUCAAAUUUGGACAAUCACAACAGCGCCAGGUGGACAUACGACCUCUGAAGUCAACACAUUUAAGUCCUACAAUGACGUCAGAGAAUCCAUGAGUGUCAACGCUGGUCUCGAUGUAACUUAGGAUUUUACGCUUUCUCGGCAAGUUUUUCCUACAGGAAACUGCAGAGUUUAAUCACCAGCAGUUCAAAGUACAUGUCUGAAGUUACAGCUUUUGCUGGGGCGAUCCGUGCCGAUGUCAACGCAGCGGAGAAUUUAGAAUUAGAUACAUUUACACAAAGUUACAUUGAUCGUUUUCUGACAGACACCUACGAAAGUAAUCCCGAUGCUUAUAAUAAAUUUAUUGAGACUUACGGUACGCAUUACUUCGCUACAGGAAAAUUUGGAGGCUAUGUCAGGAUGAUGUUCGAGGCUU